AUGGAUGGUCCAGGUGGACAGCGAGGCGGUCGAGGCCGCAGGCACGGUCGGGGCCGCCGUGUUGGAGCAGCAUCACCCCGCCGCUCGCCGUCGUUGUCAUCCUCGCAGGAGUCGAGGUGUUUCGAGUUCAUCCUCUGCAUCGAUGAGAACCCCCUCGGCAUCAAGCUGCUGCCGGACAAGUUCGCCGAGUUUGUUGACGGCACCGAGCCGGCCGAGUUGCAGUUGCGGGAGGGAAAGAUGUACAUGCACACCGGGUGGGACAAGUUCGCACGUGCCCAUAACCUCGAGGUCGGCUGCCUGCUCACCUUCCUUUACAAAGGCGAUGGCGAGAUGAUCAUCAAGGUGUUCGACAAGAUAUCAUGCCGUAGGUACUACCACACCGACGAGUCCGAAGAGCACACCGACAACUAA